AAUGGUCAAAUGCCAUUGCACUACGCUGCUUCCGGAGGUCGAUUGGACGUCGCCCGCCUCUUGCUUGAGAAAGGCGCCAAUGUGGACGCGUGCGACAAGAGUGGUUGGAUGCCAUUGCACUCUGCUGCUUACGGUGGUCAUGUGGACGUCGCCCGCCUCUUGCUUGAGAAAGGCGCCACGUUGGACGCGUGUACGACGGAUGGUUCAACACCACUGUACAUGGCCGCUCAAGCCAACAAACCAGAAAUGGUCCAACUGCUCUUGGAAAAAGGCGCCAAAAUUGACGCCAAAAACAAGGAUGGCAAAACGCCGCUUGAGGUCGCAGAAGCACGCGGUUCGAAUGCUCCCGUCGCAACACUUUUACGCGACUAUCUUCGCAUGCAAGGCGAGCAGCUCUUUGAUGCACUGCGCAACAAGUGCAUUGAUGACGCCAUGCGCAUUCUCCGAAACAACUCUUAUCACGUCAACCUCCGUGACAGCUCGAAGACGCCGUUGCUGCACUCGGUCGUGGCAACGCAGGAUAUGUCACUGAUUCAAAUAUUGCUUCAAAAACGAAACCUCCAAAUCGAUGCCAAAGACUCGACGGAUCGCACGGCUCUUGCAGUCGCCAUUACCGAUGACAACGCCGAGGUGGUUCAGGCGCUGUACCAAGCAGGCGCAUCCAUCCAUCUCGUCGAUAUCCCACCUUGCGACAAGCGUCUAUGUGCUUCAACGCCAGUCUUGGUCGCCGCUUUGCGCCAAGCAGCCUCCAUCAACGACGGCAGCACGGUGGCUCAGCUACUACGUCUGGGCGUCAGCUGCUCGUUGGCCAACGAGAAAGGCGAGACGGCGUGGCAUAUGGCGGCUGCAAAGGGCCACAUGUCCAUCCUCACAAUGCUGCUCCAACAAAAGACCAAGGACGAGAACGGAAUUGACGUGACCAAUCACAAUGGGGAAUCCCCUCUUUUUCUCGCUUCGACCAGUGGCCACACCGACGUUGUCAAAUGUCUCCUCCGUGGCAACGCCAGCCCCCACAUCGUUUCUCAUGAUGGAUCGACACUGCUCCACGCGGCUGCGAUUGGCGGGAACAUGAUUGUCGUUCAUCAAAUCGUUCAGAGCGGCGUCAACGUCGAUGCGUGUGACGCGAUGGGGCAGACACCACUCCACAUUGCGUCCGAGAAGGCCAACGACAGUGUGGUCAAGUACCUUUUGGACGUCGACGCCAAUGUAUUUGCCAAGGACAAGACGGGCAAGACGCCGUUGAUGCUGGCGACCCACCCACUUGUCAUCAACACCCUGCUACAGGCAGAAAAAUCGACCAAGCAAAAGGCUCCUCAGCUCUCGCAGACAAUGCUAGACCACAUCGUCACGCGUAUCUGCGACACGGGGGUAUUGCGAGACCUUAUUCGUACGAGCGUCUGCGGCUCGGAGGAGUUGCUCGGCCAACUCGUCCAGCGGGUUUGCGACCGCCUCGACGUCGGCCGCGAAUCUUUGGGGGCCUCGGUGGACCGACCUGUGGACACACGAGGCGCCAACGAGCGUGUUCGAGCUGAUAACGACAUUGACGCUAGCCAAACGCUGCUGGCCGACGACAGUGAUUCCAACGCCGCGAACGAGGCGGGCGACUCUCCUCUGCAUCUUGCUGUACAAGCCAACGACCACAAGACGUUGAUGUCGCUUUUGCGAACGCCCAGCAUCAACGUCGACGUCCGCAAUGCGGUGGGCAUGACACCGGUGAUUCUUGCCGUCCAAAGGGGCCACCGGCGCUUAGCAACGAUGCUCCAGACAGCUGCGCACCCGAGUAUUGCCGACGUGCCGACCACGGACAUCAAGAUGGACCAAUCCAGUCCGUUGAAUGGCACCAUGUACAAGGGCACAUACAAGGGUCGCGUCGUCGCCAUCAAAACUCCCUCCGAUGAGUCCUCCGCCCAAGCAAUCCUCCACGAAAUGGAGACCAUGCAGCAGUGCAACUCGCCAUACGUGCAGCAGCUGCUCGCCGUCUCGGAUGUCACUACAUCGAGUCCCAAGCUCGUGCUCGAGUACAUGGACGCGGGGGAUUUGCGCAGCUACCUCGACGCCAAGCGACUCGGUGAGCCCACCAAGAUCAACGUCUCACCAUUGCAAGUCGCGUGGGUGCUUGCAAACGCGCUCGCCGAUCUGCAUCACAACGGUCUGCUUCACCACGACCUCGAGAGCUACAACGUCCUCCUCUCCUCGACCAACUACAUUAAAGUGGCGAACCUCGGUUGCGGCCUCGAGUCGGACGCAACGACGGGCAAGAGCACACCGUACUGGACUGCGCCCGAAGUGCUUGCGUCGACGAGCAACUACAGCUGUGCAGCCGACAUUUACUCGUUUGGCGUGAUUUUGACCGAGCUGGAUACGCUUCAGCUACCUUUUCACGACGCCAAGGGCCUCGGGUACUGGGGUAUCAUCGACGGCGUGCGUCUCGGCAACCUCCGUCCGACAGUGAGCACCAACUGUCCGCCGUGGCUGCGAGACCUCGCCGACGCCUGUCUCUCGUUUGACCCGACGCAGCGUCCGUCAGCGCUGAUGCUAGUCCAGUCGCUUCAAAAGCUACUCGAUCGCAGCGAAGAAGAGCUUGCGGCGCCUGCCGGGCGUGAACCCGAGAUGACGUUUGCCGCGCCAAGUGACGGGAGUAGCCCCUUGGAAGUGUUGUCCAACGAGAGCCCACCACCACCGACGAGCGAGGAGUCGAGCGAUGAUUUUGAUGAUUACGUAGCACCAGCUAUCGAAUCGCCAACGCCGCCCAAGGCACCUGCCAUCUCGACUAACACGCCGACGCCAUCGUCGUCGCCUUCCUCGAUGCCCGUGAGCACGCACGCUGUGUGUCAGCUCUGCCGCGCGUCCAACUCGCUGCUCGAGUCGCACUGCAAAGCCUGCGCGGCACCCUUGGCCUCCAUUACGUCCAAGCUCAAGGCUCUCUUGAAGCGCUUGGCCGUCGCCAAGAAGAACGGAUUUGAGAUCGACGACGGUCUUUUCUGCGACUGCUGCGACGCACACCAACCGAUGGACGCGACCGUCUGCGGCGUCUGCGAGGAAGAGCUUCCAGACGACCACGAGAAGCUGUCCAUCCUCAUUCUACGCAUCGAGCAAGCGACCAAGUCCACGGCCUAA